AGCACGGAUGCGGCGGGGCGCGGCGGUUCUCCUCCCCCGCGCUGCCGCCGCGGGUGUGCGCGCGGAGCCGUGUCGGUGCCCCAGCCGCCGCCGCCGCCGCCUGCAAUGGCGUUGAGGCGCCGCGGCGGUUGCUGCCUCCUGUCAGGCGGGCGGCGGCAGCGGCCGUUCUCCACAGAGGCGCCGAGCCGCCGCGGGCCGGAGGAGGAGCGCGGGCAGCGCUGAGGCGGGAGGCCGGGGGAAGCCCGCCGCGGCACUCGGCUGGGUUAAAUCAGCCGUUGUUCUUGUGAGUCCUCGUUUGUGCUGCUUUGUCAGAAUUGACCGCAUGUGUCGAGGUAUUUGCCUCCAGAUCUUCUGUCAGGUAUGGGCCUGCUGAAGGGCAGUGCCCCCUGAGAAAAACACUCCUCACGCAGAAUCUCAGCUGUGACAGACUGCUGAGAUUGGUACUGCAGAAACUAUGUAAGCUGGUUUUGCGCUCCUGGAGUAAACAUGAUGAAAACGGAGUCUUCAGGUGAAAGAUCAACCCUCCGAAGUGCCUCUCCUCACAGGAAUGCUUACAGAACUGAGUUCCAGGCACUGAAAAGCACCUUUGACAAACCGAAAUCAGAUGGAGACCAAAAAGCGAAAGAGGAAGGAGAGGCCUCGCAGAGCAGGGGAAGGAAAUAUGGCUCAAAUGUCAAUAGGAUUAAGAAUUUAUUUAUGCAGAUGGGCAUGGAGCCCACUGAAAGUGCUGGAGUUACCCCUAAAACCAGGGGGAAGGGUGGCCCUCCAUCACCUCAAAGACGUAUUAGGCCCAAAGAAUUUGUAGAAAAAGCAGAUGGUUCAAUUGUAAAACUGGAAUCGUCAGUCUCAGAAAGGAUUAGUAGAUUUGAUACUAUUCAUGAUGGUCCUUCCUAUUCCAAGUUUUCUGAAACUCGGAAGAUGUUUGAGCGAAAUGCUCAUGAAACUGGAUAUUCCAAUCGCUAUUCCCCAAAGAAAGAGAAAGUCAUUUCCAAUGAGCUUCCGGAUGAGUGGUGCAGCUCUAAGUCUCACAGAGGCAGUACCGAUUCACUGGACAGUCUUAGCCCCAGGACAGAGACUGUCUCUCCAACUGUGAGUCAGCUCAGUGCAGUUUUUGAAAACACUGACUCACACAAUGUAAUUGUCGCAGAAAAGUCAGAAAACGCUGAAGAGUACUCUGUAACUGGUCACUAUCCACUAAACCUUUCGUCUACUGUUGCAAAUAUCUCCUCCCCAGCUGCAAACCUUGAGGGUUUCAGUCCUUUAAAAGAGGCCAGCACCUGGUCUCCCCCAGCCAAACAGAGUACAGGCGUGAUGUCUGUUGAGAACUCUCAGCAGAAUAGCACGUCUUCAACACCAAGACACAAGGUGUCCACAGGCACUUCGGCAGGUUCAAAAACAACUGAAGAAAAGAAGAGUACAGAGGCGAGUGCUGAUUCUCUUGAGGGCUCUGCAGCAAGUCAACAGGAUUUGGUCAACGUGCUUGACAGUGAAAGAUCUGUGGACAGCUGUGCUAGGAGUAAGUCAAAAACAGAGACAGAAGUUUUGUUGCAACAAAAGGAACAGUCGGAACAUGCAGAGUGUAUCUUUGAUAGACCCGAAGCUGGAGAAUUACCAAGAAAUGUAGCUUCGGGUGGUGAUUUUGCCACAGAUGCUGUUUCAGAUGCUACUGAGUCCCACUAUGAUGAGGCAGGUGAAAAAGAAGUGCAUGAAGAUGUGAAUAGUUUUCAGAGUUCCCAUGUGUACAUGCAGUCUGACUACAAUGUGUAUCGUGUACGAUCAAGAUAUAAUUCUGACUGGGGAGAGACAGGUACAGAACAGGAUGAUCAGGAUGACAGUGAUGAAAAUAACUGUUAUGAACCUGAUAUGGAAUAUUCUGAAAUUAAUGGAUUGCCAGAUGAAGAUGAAAUCCCAGCCAACAGAAAAAUACAGUUUAGCCGUGCUCCAAUUAAGGUUUUCAACACAUAUUCCAAUGAAGACUAUGACAGGAGAAAUGAUGAAGUUGACCCAGUGGCAGCAUCAGCUGAAUAUGAACUUGAGAAGCGUGUGGAAAAGCUGGAGCUCUUCCCAGUUGAACUAGAAAAAGAUGAAGAUGGACUUGGCAUAAGCAUUAUUGGAAUGGGAGUUGGAGCAGAUGCAGGCCUUGAAAAACUGGGAAUAUUUGUCAAAACGGUAACAGAAGGUGGAGCAGCAGAAAGAGAUGGCAGGAUCCAAGUGAAUGACCAAAUUGUGGAAGUUGAUGGCAUCAGUCUUGUUGGUGUUACGCAAAAUUUUGCUGCAACUGUUCUUAGAAACACCAAAGGGAAAGUCAGGUUUGUGAUUGGACGAGAGAAACCGGGACAAGUGAGUGAGGUUGCACAGCUGAUCAGCCAAACUCUAGAACAAGAACGCCGCCAGAGAGAGCUGCUGGAGCAGCAUUAUGCACAGUAUGAUGCAGAUGAUGAUGAGACAGGGGAAUAUGCUACAGAUGAAGAAGAUGAAGACAUGGGACCUGUUCUUCCAGGAGGUGACAUGGCUAUUGAAGUAUUCGAUCUCCCUGAAAAUGAUGACAUGUUUUCCCCCAGUGAUGUGGACACCAGCAAGCUUACUCACAAAUUCAAAGAAUUGCAAAUCAAACAUGCAGUUACAGAAGCUGAAAUUCAGAAGCUGAAGACAAAGCUGCAGGCUGCUGAGAAUGAGAAGGUGAGGUGGGAAUUGGAGAAGAACCAACUCCAGCAGAACAUUGAGGAGAAUAAAGAAAGGAUGAUGAAAUUAGAGAGUUACUGGAUUGAGGCACAAACCCUGUGUCACACAGUGAAUGAGCACCUCAAGGAGACACAAAGCCAGUAUCAGGCUCUGGAGAAGAAAUAUAACAAGGCAAAGAAAUUAAUCAAGGAUUUUCAGCAAAAAGAACUUGACUUCAUCAAACGCCAGGAAGCUGAACGAAAGAAAAUAGAAGAUUUGGAGAAAGCACACCUUGCAGAAGUUCAAGGUUUACAAGCUCGUAUACGAGACUUGGAAGCAGAAGUUUUCAGACUAAUGAAGCAAAAUGGGAGCCAGGUUAACAAUAACAACAACAUUUUUGAAAGGCAGACAUCUUUUGGAGAAGUUUCUAGAGGAGACCCACUGGAAAAUCUAGAUACUAAGCAAAUGUCCUGCCUGGAUGGCUUAAGUCAAGAUUUCAGUGAAGCAGUGCCAGAAACUGAGAGACUGGACUCCAAAGCUCUGAAGACUCGAGCUCAGCUUUCAGUGAAGAACAAGCGGCAGAGGCCUUCUAGAACAAGGCUGUAUGAUAGCAUCAGCUCAACUGAUGGAGAGGACAGCCUUGAACGAAAGCCGUCAAACAGUUACAGUAGUCCCAUGCACAUUUCAAAAUCACCACUGCCCUUAUGCAUGAGAGCAUCCUCACCAGCAUCAGAUUCUGGUGCUUCCUCCCUCUCCCCCGUGGCUAGCAGUGCAGCAAUCUCACUUGACAACCUAACUGAAAACCAAGAAGAAGGACAGCACCACAAAGGAGGUGUCCUUUCCCCGCAUGCUCGGGGAGACACUCCACUUUCCUCUCCUUCAAAAUCUGGGCACAGCUCUGAAGCAUCUCCUUUGCAUCACCCAGCUGGCAGGAAUAUUUUACAGGAUAAAGAUGGUGCCACAUGUGCUCAGGCAGCAAGAGCAACUAGCCCUACUAUAGGGCAUACAGAAAAACUAAAGCGAAAACUUGCAGAUCUUGGGGCUCCCUUGAGAAGGAGUUCAAACAAGGGCAAGAAGAGGAAAGAAAAAGAAGCUGUUAGGGUCACCUAUGGCAGUAGGACCGCCAGAGAGAUGCUGCAGAAAUCAGCAAACACUAAAUCUUUAGCAGAGCGAUCCUCCUCUCUCCCACACUGUGUACCAUUCACAUGGUAUGGAGAGAGUGGCAAGGGAUCCAACUCUAGCAACCUGCCAUCGCCUACCAGCUCAACUGAACCUUCCUCUGAAAAUAUAAGUCCAGCUAAAAAAGGGACAAAGAAUUUCACGUUCAAUGACGAUUUCAGUCCUAGCAGCACAAGUUCAGCUGAUUUGAGUGGUUUAGGAGCAGAACCUAAAACCCCAGGUUUCUCGCACUCCUUAGCACUGUCGUCAGAUGAGAGCCUGGAUAUGAUUGAUGAUGAGAUCCUUGAUGAUGGACAGUCUCCUAAGCACAGUCAGUAUCAGAGUCGUGCUGUUCAGGAGUGGAGCGUGCAGCAGGUUUCCCACUGGUUAAUGAGCCUGAACCUUGAACAGUACGUUUCCGAAUUCAGUGCCCAAAACAUUAAUGGGGAGCAUCUCCUUCAGCUGGAUGGGAGUAAGCUCAAGGCUCUUGGUAUGACAUCUUCCCAGGACAGAGCAAUCAUUAAAAAAAAGCUAAAGGAAAUGAAAGCAUCCUUGGAGAAAGCUCGCAAAGCUCAAGAGAAAAUGGAAAAGCAAAGGGAAAAGCUUCGGAGGAAGGAACAAGAGCAACUGCAGAGGAAAUCGAAGAAAACAGAGAAGUCUUCAUCAGAUGCAACAGAGGGCACUAAUGAGCAGUGAUAAGCAGAAGUGCUGCCGCGUGAGGAAAGUGGAGGCACUUCAAGGGAAGAGAAACUCAUACCCACUCUGGUGCCCCUUCAGCUUUCUUCUAUUCGUUACGCAAGAGUGUGUACAGAGAAAUGGGGCUAUACAUAGAAUGACUAGGGGAAUUUAUAUUGUGUAGUUUUAUUUUCCCUCAUACCCAGUUCACGCUCGUUGCUGUUGCCAUGUGAAACGACCCAGCCCCUCGGUUUGUUUUGUUGUUGUUGACGGCUAACAGAUUUCAUAUUUUUGUGGCGGUGUUUCCUUUCAAACUACUCUUCUCUAUUGAGCGCUGUGUGUUUGGUCACUUCAGUAACCAGCAUGAUGUUGAGGAGCAUGGUCCACUGCUUCACCUCUUCUGAACAGGAUGGCCAGUCAAAUCGAUUGGUGAAUGUUUCUUCAGCUGGGUCAAAGGAGUUGUGCUCUGUCUGAUAAGGAGUUGACAACUUUCUAACUGGAAGUUCAGCUUGUUUAUGGUGUUUGGAUACUCAGUUCCAUCACUGGAGUAAGUUUCAUCUUGCAUCAGUACCUUGAAGCGAUACUGCUCUGGAAACACAACUGUUCAGUGACUUCUUAGUAUACACUGGAGAUAAAGACAGGAGAGUCGAUAUUCCCCCUGGUUAAAAGACAGGAGGUGAAACUCUUUCUGUUAACUGUACAAUAGUUAAUCCAGGAAGGAGGCAAAGCCUUAAAUGAUUAUGUGGGUUUACACAGAAAUCUGAGGAUAACAUUUAUCCUUUAGAUAUCUGAGCAAGGAUGAAUUUCUAACUAGAGCACAGCGUAUAUAUCUGUAUAAAUUUCAUUGUGCUCCCAGUGUGUAGGCAACUUUCUUAUAGCACACUCUGCUUUCUUUUUCAUGUGUUUUGAACAGGAAACUGGGCUUAUUUUGUUUGGGUUUAUUGUUUGUUGUUUUUUUUUUUUUCCCCAGGAAAAACACAACUUUUUCAGAUUCAUUCUCCCAUAAGCAUUGGGAGAAUAAGCUUUGUGCCGUGCUGUUAUGAAGCUAUUGUUGGAAAAGAUUAUCAAACUUGAGUCUGCUGAAGAUUUUCAGUUUUUACAGAAGUGCACUUUAAGAGAGGAAGACGAGGGAUUCUGGUUAAAAUUUAAUUCAGUACAUUGCUGUUAAGAUCAAUGCUGCCAUGGAGGUGACAGUUACUAAGUCCAAAGCUGCCAUAUAUUAACGGGUUUGAUUGAUGUGUUUAAAGAAUAUCCUCACAUAAACCUGAAUUUUUGGGCGUAGGCUGUAGAAUGUUUUGAUGGCUUAGCAGUGGUCACAUUACAUCCUUCAGAGAUUUGUUUUCUUGGUACAUGAGGCCAUCAGUGAAGGCUGCUGUGUAGUUUUGACUAUGAAGAAAGCAGUGUAUAGCUCACACUGCACGGUGUUACUGCCUCUUAAGAGUAAUAUUAAAAUAUUCAGUAUUUCUUCAAAAGAAUGGACAGACAACAAGUGAAUAUCCACAAUGAGAAGCUAGAGGUAUUUGCUUACUGCUUUAUAGUAAAAGCUAACUACACAGCAGUAUUUAUAUUUGAAAAACAUCAGUUCCUUUGUGUGCAUCCUGGAAGUUGCAGUCUUCAUCUAGUCAUGUCAACCCAUAAAUUGUUUAAGAUGUUGAUGCGAAGUUAGAAUCUUGAACUUGAAAAUUUGCCAGCCUAAAAAAUGCAAGUAUUGAAUUCUUUUGAAGAAGAUGCUUGGUUUCAUUUGUCUCGGCUUCUCUUCUGCUCUGUACUUUAUGGCGUUCAGAUUUGUGUCUGUAAAGUUCUCUGAAGCUCAGAUUUGAAACAGUUGGGGUGCAAUGUUUAUAGUUAAAUUUCUUUUGAUCCUAAUAAUUUCUUUGACAUGUAAAAUGUUCCUGUAAACUGAGAGAGCCUAGGUCAUGCAAAAUUAAUACACAACAGAUCUACUUAGCAUUAGCUUUCUUUUUCUUUCUAAAUCCAAUUUCUACAAGGUUUUGAUGUAUAAUUUAUUAAAAUCUAAAAAUGAAAUUGCCAUGAAUGAUACAUCCUGGUAUUUCUAAAGGUUUGUGAUAUUUUUCUUGAGGUAGACCACUGGCAAAAAAACCCCACCUGCGAACAAGUAUUCCACAUUGCAGUGAAUCUUCCUGUGCUUUUUGUAGGAGAAAAGUUAUACAAAUGUUUAACAGCCUCGUAAAACUAGCAUUCUGUUAUUUUAGGAGGUUAUCCAUUUAUAUUUGAGUAAGAGAAGUUAUCUGGAAGAAACUGGAAAUUUAAUAUUUUAAAUACAAUGUUGAUAAAUGCAUUUUGUGAUCAUUUUCUUUUUAAAUAAUGUUUACAUUGUAGUAAUGUUUAAAUGGUUGUAUACAGUAAUCUAAGGUGGUGUCCCUGUUUUAUGUUGUUUUCUUAGAAACCUGAGCAGACUGCUUGGCAUUAUACACAGAGUUUUCAUUCUUGCUGCUUAGAACAGUGCCUAGUUAAUCUCUUUGUAAAUCAGAUUCUUAUUCUGCAGAACAACUAAUUCAGCUUGAGUCCUUUAAGUACUCAGAGGGGGUUUAUUGCUUUGUGGUAAUAUUGUUUUGUUAUUCUCAGACUUUAAAAAAAAAAAAAAAACAACCCAAAACUUACCUUAAAAAACCCUAGUAGCUUAAAUUUACAAUAAAACCAUAAAAUGCAUUUUUGAUCAACACAUAAAAAGCAGGCAAACCAAGCAGUGUCAAGAGUUUUGCUCUUCCUUCUGUGAUAAAAGAGAUUCUUGUGGAUCCUUUUAUUAAAUAUGAUAACUCAUUGUUGGGACAUGCAGAAAUGACACUGGAUAAUAGAUGUGAAGCAGUUUGAAACUUUUGGUUUUGUUGUACAGGACCUUUAAAGUUGUGUUGCAAUUUUUUUUCCUGUUGUAUUCUGUAAUGACACCGAAGGUAAGAGAUAAUCUCAUCAUCUUUGUAUCUCAGUGUAUGCAAAUACUUUUGCAUUUUUUCAACUUCUUAAAUUUUUUUGCCUAUUGUGCCAUGAGCAGUCUGCUGCAGGGAUACCGCAGGAAUCGAGCUGUUACUAGAAUUACUGAGCAGCUUUCCUCUGAAGCUUGCCAGUCCUCAGCUUUCCUUAACAUUCAGAAGUGCUUGACACCGAGCAUCGGGGUUCCUUGUACUUCAUUGCUUCCAUCAAAGCCCCCAGUCCUCCUGAGCUGCUCCACCUUCACCUCCUGACUCACGUGCUGGUGAUUAAGAGUUGGGCAAUGUUGUGUGAUUUUUUGAGAAGGAAUUGUGUUCCGCUUUCGAGUCAGAGAAAGAAAUGCCACUCUUGCAAGUAGUGCAGAAUCCAGUUCUACAGUAGGAAGGAAGAGGAUCAUCGUGUAGCUAGGUACAGCCAAGAAGUACCAUUCCAGGUACCAACACAACACUGAAAAUCAGAAGGAAAGGUUUGUGCAGAUCCAGCUGUAGUUCUUUGCAGCAUCUGCGCUGUAAUCUGUACUGUUUCUCAGUGCUGAAAUUUAGGGGAAGUUUUCAAGAACUGUGUCUUCUGUUGAUUUCUUAGCUGUGUGUUUACGGAGAGAAAAUACUGUCAAGGCAAAAGAAAACCUGAUCUUGCUCUUUUUAGGUGUGGCCACAUCCCCCACACCAUCAUCAGACUAAGUGAUAGAGGGGCUGGACCCUUUUAAUCCCUCAUUCCGUGUUCUCCCUCACUUGAAAACCUCAGGAAACCUAUGUCGUGGUCCAAAACACUGAAAAAAACAGAUCCUUAAUAGCAGCACAUGUUUAAUUAAGUUGUAAGUCUUUAACAGUCCAAAUGGGCAGAGUGCACAGAGCAGUUUUGAUGAUUUUGGUUUAGUUUUGUUAAAUGAUUGAAUGUGAUGAAAUCAGUCUUUCUAGAAAUGUUUCAAGUGAUCUGUGGCUUGAUUCCCUCUUUAAAUAACUAUGUAUGGCUUUGUGUGUGUACAUACAUAUGGGCAUACACAGAUAGUCAUACAGAUUCACGCAGCACUAGUAGCAGUUAGCACGUAGGUAGCGGGUGCUGCAGGGUUGUAGGCACACAUGGGGUAGGCAGAGGACCCAGGGCUGUCUGCAAGCUCAGAGGAGCUGCCCCUUGGUCUCGCCAGCAAGCGUGCGUACCCCUGUCUUUGCUGGUAGCUUUACUCAUGCUUUUCUUGUGGGGUUUUAUGUAUUCUGCAGAUCAGAUUUUAAAAGUUUUGUUAAAACCGUAUACAGAAUGGUCCUCUGCAGAUCCUUCUGCCUUUUGUCCUCAGGUGGUUUUUUGGGGGGUGGGAGACUGGCAGGAUUGAUUUGUUGGAGUGUUGGUACUCUAGGAAGGGGACCCUUCUUAUUAUUUUUAACCCUAACUUUGAUUUCUAUGGGAGCGCUUUUAGCAGCUCGUUUUUGAGCAGGGUGACGAGUGACAUCCAAGGGGAUGUACCCACUCAGCACAGUGGGGCGUGGGCCACCUGCAGGUGGCACGGUCCCUUUUGUUAGCCUCUCGUGUGGAUUUUACUGUACUUUUUCCACCUGUGAAACUGGUUUUUAAAGCUGUGACACCUUAGUCAUGACAUUGAGCCCUCCAAUCCCUCAUUAUAUAAUGAGCUUUCUGUUACUAACCGGGGUUACUAAGCGGUACUUUUGCUGUCGGCAUUAAGUAAUGAUGUAAAAAAUGUGCGUCUUAGCGGGAGUUUUGGCAGUGGUGCCUUGAGCUGCAUGUUCCUUUGGGAAGUUUGGACUGUGUCAGGAAUGAGCCGCAGGGUUUGUGGAACCUGGCCAGCUGAGUGGGGCAGGUUUUUUCCUCCAGAGCAGGGAGAGGGGAGGAGGAAUCACAGCUCCCGAGGUCAGGUCCACCCCGGGAGCCUGAGCCGCCUGUCAGGCUUUCUGUGGGAGCUUUGUCACCGACACCGCUGGGAGCAGGAGUGUCUGGAGGGAAGGGGGACCCCAGGGCACCAGACAUAAGGAACAGCCAGCCCGUUUGGAAGUGGGGAGUGCACAGUGAACCUUUUCUGACUGUUUGCUCUCCCAUACACAUUUGCUGUCUGAAAAACGUAUUUUCCAGUCACGCUGCAACGGUAGCUCACUGGUCACUGACGAGUGUUAGAUAUUGCUAGAAGACCAGGCAGCUAAAAGACUAAAAUGCACUGUGGUCACUGUAAAAAUUGGCUUCUUACAGUGUUUCUUUUUAUAUGGUUGAAGAGGUGGUUGCGCUUCAGAUUUUUUCCUUUUUCUUUUCUUUUUUUAAAGAGGUCAAAUGUAUAUGAAGUGCAUGUUAUCCUGAACUUUUUGUUUGUACAUCUUGGUGUCUGAUCAUCUGCAUGAAAGACACAGUAGUGCCAUGUCUGAGCUUGUUCUCUUGUGCUUGGUUGGUAUGAAUUUCUCUAGAUUGUUGAGUUUUCCCCAAAAUAACUUUGGUUAAUAUUUAGUUAUUGGGAGACAUCAAAACAAAACAUCAUGGUGGCCCUUUGUUUUCUUACAGUUUAAAUACAAAAAACAAAGCCUUGUGGUUUAAAGUUAAUUUGUUAGUGUAAAUAAAUUUCUUGCCAAUGAGUAUUAUUGUUGUUAGACAACGAAUGCAAUAAAAUGAGAAAUCCUGAAUCUUUA